AUGCAUAUCACAUUCCCUAAUGCGGCCCUCUGGGUUGCGAAUCAGUCCAGCAUCGGCGACGCCGACAUGCAGCGAGCCAUCAAUUUUCUAGUGUCUUUCCCUCGGUUACAGAAAGUAACAAUCCGUAUCCAGAAACAGGAUGACGCAAGCGUACCACUGCAAGAUCCACUAGGUUUAUACACGCUAUGUCAGGACAGGAAGUACAAUGUGACUCAGGUCUGUACCCUUGCCAGGGGUAUCAGCAGCUCCAGGCAGCAAGGUCUCGACUUGAGAGGCAUUUGCCUUUCCAACCUGUUUUACCCCGCUUUCUCGACCAAUAGUGAGCGCAGCGAGCUGGCAGAGUGCCUUGAGCAUCUCCUCCGGGAUAUUCCGUCCAUACAGGUUGCUGGCGAUGGCUUUCCAAUCGAACUUCUCUGUCGGCGCAGCAUCGGUCUCCAACAGCUAGACUUGAAAUCUCUGAUGUCAUUUGGCACGCUGAAAAGCUUCCUUCACACCAACUCUCAAUCUGUCCGUAUCUUGGAAAUAUUUGAUGUGGUUCUCACUCAGAUGCCUGAUUGCGGACCAAAUUCUCUGCCAAUGCAGCAACUUUUAACCAGAGGCUAG